AAGAAAGAGAAGGAGAAAAAGAAGAAAGCAGAAAAGAAGAAAAAGAAGAAGGCAAGGAAGAGACCCCUAAGCAUGGAGGGCUACACUAAAUCAGAAGAAGGAGGAAACAUCCAAAAAAGACCUUGCCUUGAAGAGAAAAGGCCCCUUCAACUGAUGGUCACGAGCUACAGUACCCAUGCCGUGCUGGGUCAGGGCAGUUUUGGCAAGGUAAUGUUGGUAACUUGUUCCAACAAGAGCCAACCUGUAGCCAUGAAGGUGAUAAGCAAAGCCGAGGAUCAAAGAUCGAUUGCCAAGGAGGUGCGAAUACUGAGGAUGGCUUCUGGAUGCCCAUUCCUCUGUCACGCGCAUGCAGCUUUCCAAACAAAGCUGGCUGCAUGCAUUGUGAUGGAGUACGCCAGUGGAAACAGCUUGAAGAAAUUCAUAAAGCGCACAGGGAAACUGAAGAUGGACGCUAUAACAUUCUACACAGCAGAGAUCAUAUGUGGCCUGCAGUUCCUCCACGCCAACGGGAUUGUCCAUCGGGACAUCAAACUGGGUAACAUCCUGUUGACCGGCGAGGGACACAUAAAGAUCGCUGACUUUGGUUUGGCUGUAGAGGGAAUGUUUGCCCAGAAGAAAGUUGGAGGCAAGGCUGGAACAGUGAAAUACAUGGCCCCAGAGGUUUUACGACUGAGAGGCUAUGAUGCCGGAGCAGACUGGUGGUCGCUAGGAAUUGUCAUUUGUAAAAUGGCCACCGGCAUGACACCUUUCUUUGAAGACGGCAACAGUGAAAAGUUCAUUUCAUCAGUUAUCUGCGAUGAGCCCGUUUUCCCGAAGUGUCUUAGUGCUGAAAUAAAAGAUCUUCUGCACAAGCUCCUAGAGAAGGACCCAGAGAAGCGUCUUGGCUUUAUUGGAAACAUUCGAGCACAUCCAGUUUUUAAUUACAUCAACUGGGAGCAGCUGGAACGCCAGGAAGUACCACCACCUCUCUGUCCUGCAGAAUUAACAACACAAGACAAUAAAUAUUUCCAGCCGCCGAGGAUGCUCAUGGAAGAGGCGGGCAGCGAUUCUUCAUCUGAGAAAAGCAUGGAGUUAUCAUAUCUGAAUGACAGUUGGAAGAGCUGAGCCACUUCAAGAAAGUCAGGUUUCUUUAGCUAUAUUUACCAACCAUUAACAUCAUUUAACCCUGUCAUUUUAUUCUAUCCAGUCUCCAUUGAAGAACAGUGAAGAUGAAAACAUCUCUGAGCAUCUGAAAAAUCCGGCACCGAGGACCACCUGUCACGGCUUCGUAUGGGUACAUUUCCACAGACCAUUUUUACCUCUUAGAGCCAGCCACCAUCAUUGCCUCUACCUCUUGCCCUUGCCACUCACCCAUCAUCUUUUGGCCUCCAUUUCAUGUCCAUAACAUCAGUCCCUAUGAUUGCCCCAUCUCUGGUUUUCUCCAUCGGCACCCAUCUUUUGACCUGUCUAUUAGACCUAGAUGUGGUCCUUAUCACCACGCCUCCAUCUUUGGCCCUUGUCCAUCUCUGACUCUUACCAACAGUCUCCAUUUCUGGCCCUAUUUUUGAGCCCCGAGUUAAAUUUAGAUCGGUUAAGUUUCUUAAG